AUCCCCUCGAUUUUCCCAUCGUAUGCCCCUCUUCUCUUCUCCUCUUGCCUUCCUCCCCGCAAUCUCGUUCCUGCCAUUUCUGUAUGCUUGAAGUUAGCUGUUGCGCGUAGAAAGUUGGUGCCUUUGACUUUUGAAGGAGUGGGAUAGGCCAAAGCCCGGUCGAAGACCAGAUAUAAAUGAAACUGUCUGCAGGUUCAGGUUUUGGUGAGGAAAAAUGACUCUCUCGAACGAUGAGAUCACGAGGCUUCACCGUAUCCGGAAGACGGUGAUGCAGAUGCUGAGGGACAGGGAAUACCUCGUGGGAGAUUUCGAGAUAAACAUGUCAAGGUAUCAGUUCGUUGACAAGUUUGGGGAGUACAUGAAAAGGGAGGAUCUUGUGAUCAACAAAGCGAAGAGGAAUGACUCUUCUGAUCAGGAAAAAGAGGAGAAGUUAGAUGGAGAUGCAGGUCUGAACAAGCUCUUCCGGGAUAUAUACCAAAGCGCAGAUGAAGAUAUGAGGAGGGCUAUGACCAAAUCUUUCCUGGAGUCGAAUGGAACCAUUCUGGCCACCAACUGGAACUCUCAUGCACGAGUGUUUUGCCUAGAACUCACAUUUAAUGGUGGUUGGUUAUUGAAGAUGAAAAGAUGGCAUCCUUACUGCCAAGAAUUCUCACUAAACAAUUGCUAGUUAGUCGAGACGAAGUGAUUACUUGCGACAUCCUGCUUGCACACAUAGUUACAGGAGAGGUCUGGUGAUUAUAUGCACCAGCUUCAUACGAAAAAUAGCGCACGACAGACGGUGAAUUCUGCUUUGUACUAAUGAAGCACAUAUACCUGUUCUUGUUCAUACCAAAUGUGCUCCGGCUUUGUUGGCCUCAUCACCCGUGACAAAAACUAUUAUAACGUUUCGGCAUUGUUCGUCAAAAUGCAGUUAAGAUUUCAUUCUCCUCC